GACGCGUGAAAAUGUGCCAUUGCUAAAAAUUACACGUGCGUUCCCUCCGGCGUCACAACGCGAACUGCAACCAAACAGCGAUGGCUCGGCCUGAGGUUGUGCGAUGAGGCGGGCGACGAGGAGGAGGGGAUGGACGAGCCCAGCGCCGCCAAGCGGCCCUCCGUGCUGACUAUAGACCGCGCCGCGUUCCUCUUGCUGAGGGUCAAGCGCGCCUUCAAGAAGAAGAGGCAGCAACGGAAAGAGAAGCAUGCGGCAGCGGCGGCGGUGGCGGCGGCCGAGGCGCUGGGCGGGGGCGGGCGGCGCGCGCCUCCGCCGCUGCUGCGCUCACGCACGCUGCCCGCCAUCAUUGCGCCCGGCUUCAGUAUCUUACAUGCGCAGAUCGACCCGCAGCGGACUAAUGGUGAGUCUACCCUACAAAUUAUGACUAUCUAAAGUCUGGUCCGUGAGCACGUAGAAUUUUGU